AUGUGGAAUAGUGAUGAUUCUUCCUAUGAAGAGCCUCCACAACGCCGAAGAAGGACCUUCAAGGUGAGAAAGAAUUUCAAUUUUGAAAGUGCUUUUAAAAUUAACGAAAGAUUUCGAAUGCCACCCCAAAAACUAGAAGAGAUGUUAGAAAUAAUAUGUCCUAACCUCGAAAGUGAAACAGCACGGAACCAUGCACUAACAUCAAAACAAGUUGUAUGUAUUGGCUUACAUUGGAUGGGCAAUGGGAGCCAAUACCAUGGCCUCAGUGACAUGCACGGUGUGCAUAAAUCGACUGUAUGUCGUGCCGUCCAUAGCUUUGUUAGAACAGUUAACAACACUCUCUUUCCGAGGGUGGUUGAUUGGCCUUACGACAUUGUAAAAGUUGUUAAAGGGUUCCAUGCAAUUGCAGAAAUGCCACUUGUAAUUGGUUGCAUCGAUGGGACAUUGAUUAAUAUGGACGCCCCGGUUUUAAAUGAACAACAGUAUGUUGACCGUAAGAAUAACCACUCCACCAAUUGCAUGGUGGUUUGUGGGCCAGACUAUACUUUCUUCUAUGUAAGCGCCAGAGUCCUAAGGAAUAGCACGCUCUAUCAUAGAAUGGAGGGUGGUUGGCGCCCUAUUGAAGGAGGUGUACUGCUAGAAGACUCCGGGUAUCCCCUGCUUGACUGGCUGAUGACGCCUACCGGAGUAAACCUCGAAGAUCCGGCUGUUUGUUGUGUGGUCAUAUACAACUACGCACAGCGUGCUGGUUUGAUUGAAGUGGUUGAAAAUGAGAACGAAGUCGAAGACGACGUAGAAAAACAGAAUGUGAAUGUGGAACAAUUUGACAGAGACAGGAAUGUAAUGUUGCAGGAAAUAAUCAACCACUUCAGACAUGGACAAUAG